AUGAAAAAGAAAUUUGAGAAGAAAGAUGCAAACGAAGAGCGGUUUAAUAAGUUCAAGGAGAUGUUUAGAAACAUUAAAGUCAACAUCCCCUUCUGUGAAGCCAUGAACCAAAUUUUGGUGUAUGAUAAGUUUAUAAAUGAGUUACUCUCUGGAAAACGACGAUUAAGAGAUGGUGAAAAUUUCUUUUUGGCUGAAGAGUGUGGGGAUACCAUUCAAAGGAAACUUCCACCUAAACUUACCGAUCCUGGUAGGUUCAUUAUCCCUUAUUCUAUUGGUCCUGAUGUGUUAGUUAAGGUUGAUGACCUUGCUUUUUCGGACGACUUUGUAAUUUUAGAGAUGCCUGAGGACGCUGAAAUACAAUUGAUUCUUGGAAGGCCAUUCCUAGUAAUAGGAAGGGCUUUGAUUGAUAUGGAGAUGAGCGAGUUAGCAUUGAGGUUCGACAAAGAACAAGUGGUCUUCAAUAUGUUUGAAGCCACAAAGCACCAAUAUAAACAACCUCAAUUUGUUAACUUAUUUUUCGCACGAAUUUUGAAUCCUAAUCUCUCCCUCCAUCAGCCAUUCCCAUACUCCUGUGUUCAGAACAUCGAUCACCGCUUCAGUGUUGAUGAGGCCAAGGUUGACGAGAGCAAACAAAUACACUUUGCUAAAGUUGAAAAGCGCGUGUGCACUACGGGCGGUGGGAGCACAGGAACUGUUAGGAACUUAUGUCUUCGCGAGGACACGACUAAAUAUCUGUGGAAUCUCAAUGUCAAUUCUGCCCACUAUGAUCCCAAGACUAGGUCCAUGCGUGAAGAUCCUCUUCCAGUUGCCCAUCCAAAUGAGAAAUUCUAUGAGGGUGAUAACCAAUAUAGGAAUAGUGGCCAAGCUUUGGAAUACAAGGAUCUAAACAAACACACACAAGAAGCAUUUGAUAAGGGGCAAGAUGUUCACAUUCAAGCAUCUCCAUCCCAAGCUGAAUUGCUUUAUAAGAAUUUUAAGAUCAUGAAAGAGAAAGUGAGGUCUCAAAUGAAGGAAACCAUUUUGGAGAAGUAUGGAAAUGCAGCUGAUUGGGAUAAACUUCCAAGAGAACUUUUGCUUGGUCAAAGCGAGAUGCAACUUGAGUAUGAUCGUGCUGGUAGAAUUAUUAAGGGGCAGGAGGCUGCGUUUCCAAGGAGCAAGUAUGAAGAAGAUAUUUUGAUAAACAAUCACGCAACUGUUUGGGGCUAUAAGUGCUGCAUGCAGACAAUACUUAAUAGCUAUUGUACAGGUGCUGCUGGCAUUGAGGCUGCAGAGACUGCUAAUAUGAAGAACUUCAGUGAUCGUGACCGUCUUACAAAACAAUGUGUGAGGUCUUGAUUUUUCGAAGAUAUUGGUCGAAGAGCAGGCCAAAGAAGGCUGUCAAACCUGGUGAUGGUGACUGUUAAGAAUGUGUGAUUGGGCCUAACUCAACCCUACAAAACCAGUUG